CGCGCGAGGCCGGAGGCGCUGACGUGGCCGGAAGUGGAGGCGCUCGGAGCCUCGCCGAGACCCGCCGUCACCCCGGUCUGUGAAGAUGCUCAAGGCCGUGAUCCUCAUUGGGGGGCCGCAGAAAGGGACUCGCUUCCGGCCCUUGUCCUUCGAAGUCCCGAAGCCGCUGUUCCCGGUGGCAGGGGUGCCCAUGAUCCAGCACCACAUCGAGGCCUGCACCAAGGUUCCAAGCCUGAAGGAGAUUCUCCUCGUGGGCUUCUACCAGCCCACCGAAGCCCUGAGCCGCUUCCUGGUGUCUGCACAGCAGGAGUUUAAAAUCCCCAUCAGGUACCUGCAGGAGUAUGCGGCGCUGGGCACCGGCGGUGGCAUCUAUCACUUCCGAGACCAGAUCCUGUCGGGUGGCCCCGAGGCCUUCUUCGUCCUCAAUGCAGACGUGUGCUCGGAGUUCCCCCUGCCAGAGAUGCUGACCUUCCAGCAGCAGCGUGGAGACCCGCACGGCUUUGUCAUGCUGGGCACCACGGCCAACAGGAAGCAGUCCCUGAACUACGGCUGCAUCGUGGCCAACACAGAGACGUGUGAGGUCCUGCACUAUGUGGAGAAGCCCAGCACCUUCGUCAGCGAGAUCAUCAACUGCGGCAUCUACCUGUUCACACCCACCAUCUUCCAGCACAUCGGCGAGGUCUUCCAGAGGACCCAGCAGGAGCUGCUCCUGGAGGAGAGCAGCAACGGCUGGCAGCGGGCCGAGGUGAUCCGGCUGGAGCAGGACGUCUUCACGGCGCUGGCCGGGCGCGGCAAGCUCUACGUCUACAAAACCGACGGGUUCUGGAGCCAGAUCAAAUCGGCUGGCUCUGCCAUCUACGCCAGCCGCCUGUACCUCAGCCAGUACAGCCAGCGCCACCCGGAGAGACUGGCCCGGGACAGCCCCGGGGGGCCCACCAUCCGAGGGAACGUGUACAUCCACCCGACGGCUUCCGUCGACCACAGCGCCGUGCUGGGCCCCAAUGUCUCCAUCGGGAAGGGGGUGACGGUGGGAGCCGGCGUGCGUGUGCGAGAGUCCAUCAUCCUGCACGGGGCAUCGCUGCAGGAUCACACCUGUGUGCUCAACAGCAUUGUGGGCUGGGACAGCACCAUCGGGCGCUGGGCCCGGGUCGAGGGGACGCCCAGCGACCCGAACCCCAACGACCCCUACGCUAAAAUCGACAGUGAGACCCUCUUCAGGGACGGCAGGCUGACACCCUCCAUCACCAUCCUGGGCUGUAACGUCACCAUCCCCGCAGAGGUCGUGAUCCUCAACUCCAUUGUCCUGCCCCACAAGGAGCUGAGCCGCAGCUUCAAGAACCAGAUCAUCCUGUGAGGGGCCCGCUGGGAGCUGGGGACCGACGGCCUCCCCCUCCGGCUCAGGGUUCUCAGGCGGCCCCGGCCUGUGCGUGGCUCAGCUCCCCCUGAGGUCCAGCUAGCUGCUCUGGCCAGGCCAUGCCCUGGGCCUGUCCAGCCACUCCAUAGACAGACAUUAACGCCCACUGAACAAUUGCAUCAGCCCCUUCCCUGUGGGGUGGAUCUGGUCCCCUGCCCUGCUCAGCCCAGCCCGGAAACCUGCUCCCUGGGGUGUCACAGCCCGGCCGAGCCGGCACCAGCCCCACCCUCUGUCCGUGGGCCCAAGGCCGGGCCUGUGGCUGUGUUUGUCCUGCCCCUCGAGCCCCCCUGGCCAGGCUACGGGGCGCUGGGAGGGGGUUGUCGGGUCUGCACCGUCCUUGGCCAGGCCCUGCAGCGUUAAACUGGGCGCCUCGCUGAAGUCACGUGCAGGCUGCUGGCGCAUGGGCUGUGAUGGCUGCCGGGGCCAGCAAACAGCAUCCGGCAGCGAGACCUUCCCUGAGCAGGAGGAGAAGGAAUCCAGCCUGCGGCCAGCCCUUGUGUGAUGAAGUGGGACUGUUCUUAAUGUUUCCUCUGAAUAGUGUGGGGGUGCCUCAGUUUCCCCUAGGCAGUUCUUAAGUCUCUAAGGGGUGGGGUAAGGGGGUAUGGUCGUUGCAGAGCCCUAGAGGGCAGGUGUGUGCAGGGCUCUGGACACAGAGAAUGGCCAACACCCUGUUUCCUGGCCACUGAUGGCCUGGGCCCUUCCCCCCUGCAAGGUGAGAGCUGAAGGGUUGGAGAACAAAGGAAUCAGGUGACCUCCUGGCCCGGGACAGGGGCAAAGCCCAGAGGAGGAGGGGCUGGAGGGAGUUUCAGUUUGGGGCUGGGUGGUGGAAAACAGGGAAUCCCAAGGCUGGAGUCUAAGCUCCCUGCCCCCCAGAAGGACUUGACUGAGGGGUCCUGGGUGUACCCAGAAGCUCUGUUUUAGACGGUGUUGCUAUUGUCCAAUAAACCUUCUGUUUUA